UCAUUACAAAAAAUGGCUUGUCUUAUUUUGGAUCUAACUUAGGCAUUUUGACAAUAUUUAUGAGUGGCGAGUAAAAAGUGAGGAAAAAAUUAUGUAAAGUCCGGCGAGUGUGGCGUUUUUGAUUUUGCUUUCUAAAAGUAUAGUGUAUAAACACAAAAUCGCUUCGAUCUUCAUCAUUUUUCCGGUGACCAAAAUCUCCAGUUUUUGCCCAAAACCCCCAAUUAUACCCAAUCACUUCAUCUCCUCAACUUGAAGUUUUCUUUUUCUACAAUGCUCCAAUGGCUCAGUACAGACAAUCGGGUGCUUUAGGUAUUAUAAACAAUGGGGGUGGUGGAGUUGUUUGGAACGGUGUCGCAUCGGAUCAUGUAUCUGUAGGGGUUCGUUCGAAUAAGCAGCAGCAAUCGCGGAAUCAUCACCGUCGAUUGAAGUCUACUACUCGCAAGAUCUCGAUUGGUGCUAUCAUCGUCAUUCUAUUCGUUGCCUUUGUUGUUUCUGUAUCUGCUUUCUUCUAUUUCACAUCUCAAAAUAAAGAGUUAGAUAAUAAUCACUUUCAAGAUGAUGGUGAUGUGGAAAGUGAUUCAGAUUUUCUUACAAAUGUGACACGGACACAAGGUAAGGUUCUCCAAUUUGGACAUGGGUCAGUAAGUCAUGGCCGGGAUUCUCGUUAUUGGGAUAAGGAUGACCGGAGAAGGGAUGACGAUUACAAUGAGGAGGAUUUGGAGCGGAAUCCAGAUAGUGACUUGGAUAAGGAGCAAAGUCCUCCAGAUGGGAAGAGAGGUGACAAGAAGUCGUUUUCAAAAGGAUUGGAUCAUGGUGGCAAUGGUUUAUACAACGAAGCUGGACGUGAUGAGUUGAGAAAAUAUGAAGCCAAAUAUCAAGCUUCCUUGGAGAAUGCUGGGCACUCACAAGAUGGAAAUCAUUUGACAAACCAGCAAUCAGAUGAUGCUGACAAGGGAAACAAAAGAGAACUGGUGGAUGUGGAUGAUGGAUAUGAUGAUGGAAUUGACUUGGAAGAUGCACAUACAGAUGGAUAUGAUGAUGUUGGACAUGAAGAUUGGGACCAUACUGUUGCUGCCGAAUCCCAAGACAUAAAUGAGAGACAUUUUUUGGAUACACAUGUUACUGGAAAUAACAAUCAAAAUCAUGCCAAAGAGGCUGGUAAAACAUCCAAGGACUUUUCCACUAAGGAAUCCUCUUCAAGUUCUCAUCACCCAAAAUCUAACGCAAACUCUGGACGUGUCAGCUUUAUUGAUGGUCACCCCUCGAAAAAGUCUUCGUCAGAAAAGCGUCCAGUACCCAGAAGGAAGUCAAGGAAGCAUGCUUGUGAGAUGAAAAUUUUGAACGCUAGUGCUCUUCUUGUGGAACCUCUGGAAAGUCGAAAGUUUUCAAGGUUUUCAUUACAGUACACGGAAAAAGAGGACAAGCCUUUUGACAAUGCAAACUGGGAACCUAGAUUUUCUGGGCAUCAAAGUCUGGAAGAACGGGAAGAAUCUUUUCUUGCACGCAAUCAAAAAAUAAACUGUGGUUUUGUUCAAGGUCCUGAAGGAACUCCAAGUACUGGAUUUGACUUAGCAGAAGAUGAUGCAAAAUACAUUAGCAGUUGUCACAUUGCUGUAGCUUCAUGCAUCUUCGGAAAUUCAGAUCGCUUGAGAAUACCAGUGGGCAAAAUGGUCUCCCGUAUAUCAAAGAAAAAUGUUUGCUUCGUUAUGUUUGUGGAUGAAGUUACGCUAAAAACUCUUACAGCUGAAGGUAAGAUGCCAGACAGCAUGGGCUUUAUAGGUUUAUGGAAGAUCGUAGUGGUAAAGAAUCUUCCUUUUUCUGAUAUGCGGAGAGUGGGAAAGAUACCAAAGUUAUUGUCUCAUCGACUCUUUACUUCAGCCAGGUAUUCAAUAUGGUUAGAUAGCAAGCUUCGGCUGCAGCUUGAUCCCCUACUCAUCUUGGAGUACUUUCUGUGGCGGAAAGGUUAUGAAUAUGCAAUUUCCAAUCACUAUGACAGGCAUUGUGUGUGGGAAGAAGUUGCCCAAAACAAGAAACUUAACAAGUACAAUCAUACUGUCAUAGAUGAACAAUUUGCAUUUUACCAGGCUGAUGGAUUGCAAAGAUUUAAUGCAUCUGAUCCAAACAAGCUUCUUCACAGCAAUGUACCAGAAGGAUCUUUUAUUGUGAGGGCUCACACGCCAAUGUCGAACUUGUUUUCUUGCUUAUGGUUCAAUGAGGUUGACCGGUUUACUCCUCGUGAUCAGCUGAGUUUUGCAUAUACAUACUAUAAGUUGAGAAAGAUGAACCCAGACAAACCUUUUUAUCUCAACAUGUUCAAGGAUUGUGAAAGACGAAAGAUAGCUAAGUUAUUCCGUCACAGAUCAGACGAGCAGAGGAAUAUUAUCUCUCAACGUGAGACAGAGUAAAAACUGAGAGAACUCCUGGUUUUGGCGGAUGAUUCGUUUUUUUUUGUUAUAUGCGUCGCUAUAUUGUACUUGCUUGCUGGAAAGAGGGUAAUCGUGCCAUAGCCGUUGUGAUUGUCUGUUGUACAUUACCAAAAUUCUCUAGAGAAAGCUAUACACGUCCCAACCCUAUCGAUUCAAAGCAAAGCUAGGUGGAUUCUGCUGGCUCAUCUUUCUGGUGGAAAGAACACACCACCAGCAUUACAGCUUCCAUUCUAUUAAUUUCAUUGCCUUGACCAACUCAUAGUAUGAAGCAUCCUAUCCAUUUUCCAUUGCCUUGACCAACUCAUAGUAUGAAGCAUCCUAUCCAUUUUCCAUUGUAUCUACAGGAGUUGGUGAAGAAAUACCUGAUAAUGAUAAGUAUUCUUUUUGUAUCAAGCAGGCUGCCAAUUUAUUGUUUCUAAUAUUUGGACGAAUAUAUACUAUUUACUCAUUCAAUUUAUAGUCUUAUUGUGAUGAUUUUAACAUCAUGUAA